CUGAGAGUUGAAAAUCGCGUGAAAAAAUCAAUCCAUUUUCAAUCCGUUCUAUGGUAUAUAAAUCGACUCACAUGGAGUACAAAUCGAUUCAGCACAAGUCUGUGAUUUGGGUCUAAACACUGUGUGACAAAAAUAAAACGAAAAUCCCGCAGUGCAAACAACAAACACGCGAAGCGUUUUCCGUUGUUUUUCCUCGUUAACGUUCGGUGAAAACGAAGCGUAAAAAUGUGAUUAUGAUUAAAAUAGUUUUCCCAGUGCCCGCAAAGUAGCAAAAAUAAAACAAAGCUUCACCGGAAAAAGGCUCAAUAUCGGAAAUGGAACGGAGCCUUCCACCGCCAGGCUAGAAGAAAUCCUCCCAGUGGGGAAAGUUCGGGUACGGGUAAGGAGAAGGGAGUGAAAACACGGCGAGGAAAGGGAGGGAAUUAUUUUCCACACACCGCCGGGAAACGCGCGAUUGCCGCAAAGUGUUAUUAUUGUUGCGGUGAAAAAUCAAAACCGAUUGACCGGUUGCCAUAAUUCCGUGCCAGUGUGUGUAUGUGUGUGUGAGUGUUUGUGUGGGGUAUGCAGAGGAAAAUUGGAGUUAAAAAAAGGUCUGUUGAAAUGAAGGCAAUGGUGCCAGGAGGAGCGUGUUGUGUUUAGUGGCAAACGAAAAAUAAGUAAAAAGUGCAUCACAGUGGGAGAGAGGAGAGUGCAAGAGAGAGUGCAAGUGGGUGCAAUUGGCCCGUUUUUUUUGCUGCCGACCGGCACCCGUUAUUAUUAUUAUUGUGGUUCGGGCAUAUAAUAAGCAACGUGGGAAAUUGCGGCAAAUAUAUUACCAACCCAUUGGCCAUCAGCAGCAGCGUUCCGGGUUUUUUACCUAGACCGGGCCACCCACCGACCGACCAACGCCCCAUGCGCCCGGAAAAGCGGGAGGAAAAUCAGCAACGGCGGGAGGGUGCGUGGCGCACGGUUUGAGGAGGCGGUACCGGCGACUGGAGAGUGCACAAUAAAAUCCAUUUCCCCCGGAAGUGCCCCCGGGCGGUGGCGGAGCGGAACAGGCGCUCCGGUAUCACGAUCCACGGAGGAUCGCCAGACGGGACCGGCCGACGCAGGACGACGUCCCGCUAGAAUGCGAAGGAAAACGGUGUCGCUGGGCGGAGGGCCAGGGCGAUGGGAGGCGGCGUGCGGCGGCGGCAUCGGGCAGGUGGUGGCGGUGCUGCUGAUAAUUAGCAGUUUAUAUAAUCCGUCGGUCGAAGCACAACAGCGGCCGAAAAUUACCGAGCACCCGAAGGAUGCGGUCGCGGCCAAGGACGAACCGCUGACGCUCAACUGCAAGGCGACCGGCCGGCCACCGCCCGAGUUCGUCUGGUUCCAGAACGGGAUGCCGCUGUCGCCGUCCGAUCGGCGCGUCAUCCUGCCGGAAGGAUCGCUCUUCUUUCUGAGGGUGACGCAAAACAAACGGGAACAGGACGCCGGCGUUUACCACUGCGAGGCCCGGAACUCGGCCGGAGUGGCCGUCAGUGAGAACGCGACGCUACAGAUUGCAGUGCUCCGGGACGACUUCCGGCUGAUGCCGAAGGACACGGUCGCGCUGGUUGGUGGACCGGUGGUGCUGAACUGUACGCCACCGCGCGGUAUUCCCGAACCGUCCGUCCUGUGGAUCAAGGACGGCAAGAUACUGGACAUCAACGGGAAGCACCAUUCGCUGGUGGACUCGGGCAGCCUGCUCAUCUCGGAGAUUCAACCGAGCGACUCGGGAAAGUACGAGUGUUCGGCGCAGAGUAUGGCCGGCACGAAGACGACCCCGGCCGUCCACCUGAAGGUGCUCGCUCCGCCGACGAUCGUAAAGAGCCCGCACGACACGGAGGUGCUUGAGGGGGAGGGCUUCGAUCUGCCGUGUGGGCUCGCCGGCGACCCGAAGCCGACGGUGACCUGGCGCAAGGAAAGUGGCCGUUUGCCGGAGGGUCGCUCCCGGAAGCUGCUCGACAAUACGCUGCGCAUUGAAGACGCGCGCCAAGAGGACGAGGGAAAGUACUUCUGCGAGGGCCACAACGAGGGCGGUAACGUCACGAUCUCGGUGUAUCUGUACGUGUACGAGGCACCCACGUUCAUGGAGGCGCCGGUGGACGUGGUGAUCCGCGAGGGCGAAUCGAUUAUGCUGCCCUGUCGGGCGAAGGGACGUCCCGGAGUGCGCAUCUUCUGGGAUCGUAUCGAUCGGAAGCACGUGGACAAUAGCGAACAGCACGAGGAAGGCGUCGAGGGUGGAGCGGGCAGUGAGUCAACGUUAGCGAACGACCCUUCGUCCUCCUCGUCACUGUCUGCGGCCGCCACGAAAAGACGUCGCCGAAGUGUUGCGUCGCGAGUGGAAGGUUUCGCGUUCGCUCCACCCGAUGUGGCCUCGUUCGUGGCAAAUGGAAGUGGUGACCUCGGCGAGGAGGGUGGUCGCGGGCGUGGCAAUUGGACGAUUAAGAUUGAGCCCGUCUCCGAGCGGCAACUGCAGCGACAAUAUCCAACCCGGCUAUCGUCCUUCCGCGCCGAUUCGCCCGAGCACCGACGCAUGCUACUGCGCAGUCGAAGAGAUACCAGCAGCUCCCCGGAGGAAGAUGGACAGCACGCGGAAACGCUGGGAACUUCGGCACCGACGUCCACGGGGACGCAGCCACCAACCGGUCACCCACCGAGCAGCAGCAUGCUCGAGUUCGAGGACAGCGGAGGACUGACGCUCAAGCAGAUCUCCAAAGGGGACGAGGGUUGGUACGCUUGCGCGGCCAUCAACGAAGCCGGCAGCAUCGUCAAGAAGAUCCGGCUAACCGUACUGGGCAAGGACGAACCGGUGGACGUGCGGAAGGACGCACUGGCCGCCGGUUACGAACAGCACCGAUGGGCCAACCAUCACCAGUUCAUCGUGCUGAACAACGUGUUCACCGUGUCGGCCAGCUCGAUCGGCGUGACGUGGGACGUGACGGACAGUACGUCCCGCAUGCAGCUGCGCAUGUACUACCGCGUCGCAUCCCGUCCGGUCGACUACUAUCUGUACAAUUCGUCCUUCAGCAGCGUGCUGACCACGAGCAACCUGAAGGAGCUUACCCUCACCGGGCUGCGGCCGUACAGCGAGUACGAGAUCUUCGCCAGCAUUCCCGAGGGUUUGGCCGGUUCGGUUUCGAACAUAAGACGUGGACGCACGCUCGAUGGGCCUCCGACAGCGCCCCCUACCGAUGUGCGCGUUGGUGUGAUCAACACGACGGCGGCGUUCGUCCGAUGGUCUCCACCCCCCGCCCAUCUGCUCAAUGGAGAACUCACGGGGUACAAGAUACAAAUAAAAUCGAACGCUACCAAUAAAGUACUCGGACAAAUGUCGCUCAACUCGUCGACGCAGUCGGUCGUCAUCAACAGUCUCACGCCGGGCGCGAUGUACAUUGCCCGUGUCGCGAGCCUUACUGCCGGCGGGAUUGGUCCUUAUAGUUCUCCGACACCGCUUCAUAUGGAUCCGCAGAACAUUGUGCGAACCGAUCCAACGCCCAGCUACUGGACUGCCUCGUGGAUGUCCGGUACGGCCCUGGUGGUGGUCUGCGUCGGCAUCAUCAGUGCAGCUAUCUUUGCCAUCUUCUGGACGGUGCGCAAGAAGCAGAGCGUCAAGGCGUCCUACCCGGGUCCCUCCGUAACGACGAUCAUUCCGGACAAGCAGCACACACUCUGGCUACACGGCAACACGCUCGUGAAAGCUCACCCGUCCCACUCGCUUGACCCACCGAGCACGUCCGAGUACGCCGAGCUGACCAACAACACGAUGCCGUCGGCGCAGCAGAUGGGAAAGCUGAUGAACAAUCUGGGCGGCGGGGGAAACAUUCCACCGGAACCGUAUGCCACCGUGACGCUCCAGCGUGGUGGUAUGAUGACACUCGGGGGGCUCGGAGGCGGUGGGGGACCCGGUGGUGGUGGCAUGGGACCGACCCUUUCGGAGGAGUCCUGCCUGAAGUGUUCGAACGGCAACAGUCCAGCGUCGAGUAACGAGUACAAUGCGCCGAUGAGGGAACCGAUCAACAUCUCGGAUGUUUUGCCGCCUCCACCGGAUCAUCCGUACGGCACGUACCGACCGCCGAACAAUAUGACCAUCCGGACCAACCCGGCCGCCCUUUCGCCGCAGAUGAUGCGCAAAAACGGCGGUGGUGGACCGAACCAGUCGAACGGUAGCCAACCCCGGUGGGAUACGCUUCCCCCACCGAUCCCGAGCUUCCCGCAGAACUGGAUCCGACAGCAUCCAAACCAGCACCACCACCAGCACCAUCCGAACCACCACCAUCAGCAGCAGCUGAACCACCAGGAUAUGUACAACAACGUGAGCGGGCCGGAGAACGAUUACGAGAGCGGGUCGGUCCUCUACGAGCAGUGCUACCGGACGGGGCCUCCUUCGAGCGGGGGCGGAAGUGCAGGCGGUGGCAGUGGCAUCAACGAUCCGAUGCUGAUCGGUGGCAACAUCGAGUUCUUCAGCCAGGCGGGCGAACCGACCGAAGAGUUCUACCGCAACGUGAACCAGGAGUUCUCGGAUGAUAUGGGUUUCGAGCCGGCGAGCCCACCGGCCCCCUGCCCCGAAUCCGUCCCGUUCAACGGCGCCAAGUAUCUGUCCAGCGAGAGCCCCAUGAUGACGGCCCGACGGCAGCACAACAGCGGUGUCGGUGGCCGAGGCGGCGGCUACGGUGGAGGCCAUCACCAUCCAAUGAACCAUCCGCACCAGCAGCAACAACAGCAACAGCAGCAGCAGCAGCAGCACGGCCAGAACAGUGUCGAGCACAGCUCGGACGACAGUGAGUGCGAUUGCGGCAACGGGAGCAACGAGGGUCGGUGGGUACCGAGAACGAAACCGCGCACCCGCAGCCGCUCCAAGUCCACCGAUCGAAAGUACAAUCGGAAUCUCAUACGAUAAAACAUCCCCGAAAGCCACCCCCCAUCCUCCCUAGCGUUAGAGCUUUCCGUUAAAGAGGGAGCGUGUACAGUCGACCCCGUUAGGUUCCCGGCUUCCUCUUGGAAAAUGGGACAAUUAGUGCGAACACAUAGAGGCUAACUAACUAACAAAACAAACAAACAAACAAAUUACACAUACACAGUAGUUGUAGGUUAAAGGCGCGCAUGGGAAAGGUAUAAUUAUUAACAAAAGAACGGUGUUGAGAUGCACUCGCUCAACCACAAAACUCAUCUCAUCCUACUCAUACGACCGCAAGCGAACGCUUUCACUAACGAUAAUUUAAAACGUGCAUCUUUGCAUCCUCCAUCUGGGUUCGAAUCCCAACUGCGACCGGACCCCCUCCUCUGUAAGAGAGGACUGACUAUCCACCACGUACACUUUGGGAAAAAAGUCUCGUAUGCCCUUAACGGGCAGGAAUGACCAACAAGGUCGAUACGCCAAGAAAAUCUUUGCAUCCAGCAUACGCAUAGCAGCAACGGGUACAGUGGAGAGAAAACAAUGGAAAAACAUGGUGCCAUUAACUUGAUGUGUUAUCGUCAGCCCAAACAAAACUCUCGCUCCCACACACAAAUCGUGGCCCUUUUCGUCCUAACUUCCGCUUCCUGAAACCCGGUAGAGAUGGAGCCCGUGGGCAACGGCAUGUUAAACGCCAUACAAUUUGCAACAAACCAAAAAAAACUCAAAGAAUCUCAAAGGGAUGGCAGAAUCGAACAAUAUCUAUAUAUUCCUGCCACCCAAUCUUUGCCAUUUCCUCCCCACAUUGCUUUGAACAACCGGGUGCAAACAAUCGCGUGUGAUCCUUUAGUGCAUAUAGUGUUACAAAAUCUCGACGGCAACAUAUUAACGAAACAUGCCGCAAGUAGUAAUCGAACGCGCGAGUAAGGCAACAACAAAAGUAGGAAACAGAAUGAUGCACAAGGGAUAGUUCUUCUUAACCCUUUUUGGGGAUAACACAGAAGCCACCGGCAUCAGCUAGCAUCCUUCCUAAGGCUUCUCUUCUCGAAUAAGGACUACGUCGUACGGAACAAAAGAAAGAUCGACAGGUGUUAAUGUUUGGUUUGUGGUCACACUGCAUACUGCUAGUUGCAUGAGUUCACGAGGAAAGCACUGAAAGCAAAUACUCAUUUUACAGCAACUUUCAUAGCAGAAAAUGUGCACGGUGGUCAGCAUAUGUUUUCGUUUAGCUUGAACGUCACUUUGUUCAAGGUGAUCUUCGAAUAAUCCUUUAUUCUUCUGCUUUUUUCUCAGUGCCAUAAUUUACCCAAAACCCUUCCCAUUUCGAAAUCAGAAUGUGCGGGGUCAGGUGUACGAGCUGUUGACCUAUCGUCAAGCGAUUCGAUCGAAAACAAGUAGACCCCCGCUCGGGGAAUUUGUUGAAGCUGGUAGCUGUUUUCCAAUCCUACAUAUCAGAGUGUAUGGAAGCAAGGAAACGGGGUUUUGCAUAGCGCGAUAGAAAGCACACAGCGAACAUAUUGUUGAGUUGAGUCACCAUCAUCAUAGCGAAACGACGUGCCAUUAAACAUUGGUUUGCGCUAGUCCUUUAAAUGCCAAACGAAACCGAGCAGCGUUUUCUUAGCAAAAAUCUCCAGAACCAUGGGACUAAUGCUCCGAAGUAUACCAUUCUAAUAUACCAAUACCGAGUGUUUCUUGUUUAAGUGAACAGUUUGAACGCUAUCACAACGGGAGACAUCGUUUCGAGUGGAGGAAUCGAAACAAAACCAUUACUAACUGGCCAUAUCUCAGUGCCACCGGUUCGUUUAGUACAGUAGCCACUAACUAUCAACCUUUAAACGGGUACAACUGAAGGGAAAAAUGCAAGCCAGUUUAAAAUGCAUUCGUUUGAAUACUUGUAUGUUCUUGUUUUUUUUUGCGAAAAAGUGAUUCAUUGAAUGCUUCCAAACCCCCGGAUUUACCCCAAUCGCAAUCCGCGCUGAAAGGAAUUCCUCAAUACUUCCUCUCCUUGUACAGAUAGGUGAGCAUCAGAAGAAGAAAAAUAUCUAAACAAGCUCCACUGUUUAUAUAGCGCCAACGGUACGUGUGUGCGUGUGUAUCUAUAAGCUUCUUUUUUCUUUUGUGUGUGUUGUUCUCUGUUUGCCCAUCAUACAAAUCGGUGUUGUUUGUCCGUUCCAGUUCGUUUCCGUUGCCAUUUGGUUUACGAGUUAGAUGUUGACAGAGCAGCAAAAGAAAUUCAAGAACAAACCAAGAUUGUAAAGCAAAACGCAUAUAUAUCUAUAUAUACAUACAUACAUAAAUAUAUAUAUAUAUACACACCUACUCAAUAGUCAACAGGUAGAAAUGAAACAGGGGAAAGUGACGGACGACGUACGUAGGCAAGCCAAGUAAGAAAAAAAAAUAAAACGCGCAUAACAAACGCGUGUUCGUCACAUCAGUUCAAGGAAACAAAAAACACUAGAUGAAGAUUGUUGGAAGAAAAACAAAUAAUAAAGAAUAAUAGAAGAAACACGAGGGUCCCAAAGUAAAGCAAAAAUAAAAAUGAACGAACAAAUCAAAAAAACAUAUGACACAAUGAAACCAAACUAACAAACACAAAUGUGGGUGCACGUAAAAGAGGGCAAAAAUAUAUAUAUAUCAACUGUGAUAACAAACUGAAACAAAAGAAAAACAAAAAUAAACAAACAUUGUAUGCGGCCCGGGGGGGGGCUAACUGAAGACGUAAAACAUUAAACAUACCCUCACACAGCUCUUAGUAGUCAUGCGAACGUACAACAAGUGCGUGAAUAGAAACCGUAGGGCAGAUGGAAGUGUAAAAAGCAGACACUAACGAAAGGGCUAUACGGUAACGGAAAACCUAUGUCUUGAACAAAACCUUCCGCUCCUGUCGGCAAAAAGAUCGCUAACAGUUGUUUCCUUACGCAAAAUUCAAUAGUGUCCAACAAGACGUACAUCGGUAUAAAAGGAUGUGUUUUGUUUCGGAGGAAAAAUGUAAAUUUAAUUGUGCUUUGCUGCAGAAGGAUGCCAACUCCAAGCCACAAACACACACACAC